UCGUAUACGGCAACGGUUGAUGUCCCCAUACAUAAACAUUUUCGACUUAACUCGGCUAUUUCGGUGAGAACAGCAUGCAAUAUCAGGACAUUAUCUUCACGGAUGGAUGCUCGAUGCAACAUGAGGCAAUCUACGUAGAAGCAUCGGUGAAACCAUCGAAGGUACGGAUUUGACUGUGCGGUGAUCUCUUUGCAGACUGCGACACGGUGGGCAGCUCAUCCGCCUGAGAACCCCUUAGAUUUGCCGUAGCAAAACGGACCGGCGACUGUACCAGUUGUCCCCACCGCAUUUGACUCAGGCCUGGACGGUGUGGCGGAGAGUGGGGAAGUAGUAUCUCGACAUGGUGACUAUCAGCCAGAGAAAGACAAGGCUGUGGCAAUGUGUGGUUGUCUCGAUUUUCGUCCAGCACUUCGUUCUCCCAAACGAAGUUGACGCGGCGUCCUACAGGACUGCUCCCCAGCCCACGGCAGCGCUGCUGGGUCAUACCGUGAAGCUCAGAUGUUCCUUUGACCACCUGGAGAUAGAAGACGUGGUAAAUUGGUUUGGCCCGCCGGACUUCCAGCACAUUUCAAAAGGACGGAAUGUGCACAAGCGCUACACAAGAUACUCAGUCGUUGAUUCUAACGCGGAUUUUGGAGAAUUUAACCUGGAGAUUCGGAAUGUGCAGCUGGAGGAUGACGGAGUUUACCGAUGUAGUACCUUCUCCGCUGGAGAGGCCGUGGAUGCAAAAUUGACAGUCAUAGUACCCCCUACUGAACCGCCAGAAAUAGUCGCCAGCCGUAGAUCUGUAGCGGCAGGGCAAUCACUGCAUAUCAGCUGCCGCUCCAGAGGUGGUCUACCGCCGCCCAAACUCACCUGGAAUAACGGAACAGUUCCCGUAGACGACACAUUCGUACAGAGCAGGGAAUUGGAGAACGGAGAGGUCAUAUUUGACCUGACGAUACCAACUGUAGUAAAGUGGGAUAAUGGAGUAAACAUGUCCUGUAAAGCAGACCAAGGUUUUCCGGACUUGGUGGAACCACGCGUGACUUCAUUCAUAUUAGACGUUCAAUAUUCACCCACAGUUUAUCCUAUCAAAAACCUGUGGAGUGUGAAGGAGGGGACUUUUACCAACCUUAGCUGCUUUGUGGAUAGUAAUCCCUGGACAGCCGUCAGAUGGAAGAAACUGGAUGGUCCGUUGCCGAUUAAAGGAAAAGAAAGCAACUGGUCGUUUCUACUGACGAAAGUGUCCCGAAGUGACACCGGGAUUUACCAAUGCCGAGCUGACAACGGCAUCAGACCUGCCGACUCAGCCACGCUUUCGCUGGAUGUUUUGUAUCCUCCGACCAUCCAGAAGACGUUUGACGACAAAGUGAAUGUGCUGUUUGGCAAGUCAGACUUUUCUCUUGAGUGUAAAGCAGAAGGGAACCCCAAGCCCAACAUUAGAUGGCGGAGGACAAACACGAACUUGUAUUUCAACAACCCGUUAAGUUUUUCCAGAUCCGAUUACCAGACAGAAGGGGAGUACGAAUGUGUAGCAGAAAGUGCCGGUUUUCCUGCAACUGUAAAGCGAACCGUCGUUGAUGUUAUUGGUAGACCCGCCAUUCUAGGAGGUCCAGAUACUCUACGAACAUCGCAGGGGAGUUCUCUUACUAUUCUGUGCGAGGUAAACGCCGAUCCUCUUCCAGAGAGCAUCACGUGGUCAUGGAGAAGCAGUAACGGUCAAGAAGUUGUUCUCAGCGGGAAUACUUUCAGUGGCAUGGACUUGACCCGCCGGACCACAGAUAUGGGUGCGGAGAGUAUACUUGUCAUAGACCCGGUCAGUACAAGCAACACCGGGGAGUACACAUGUACGGCGCAGAACAUGUUUGGAACGGAUAGUCGUGGCUUUACAAUACUGGUGGAAGGGGACGUACAUGUACCGAAUGACAACAAACAUCCACCUCUUCCGAAACAAACGACGGUAAUAAUGGAGCUGGAAGAUUUUGGCGGCAACGUUAAGCCUCAGAGACCUCAUUGGGUGGAGAAGGACCCCUACGCCAUCGAAAUAUCUUACCAUCUUUAA